ACACUCCAUCUAACCAAAACAACGCCAUGUUCCACCCCUCCUCCUCCUCCCCCUCCUACGCCGACCCCACCCUCCUCCCCGCGGUCUGCUACUCCGCCGCCGCCCCUCAACCCUUUUACGAUUCCGGCGGCUCCCUGCACCCUCCUCUCUUCACCUCUUCUUCUCCACCCUAUUCGUCUUCUUUUCCUCAUUAUCUCCACAAGAGCAGCAGCACCCACUCCCUCUCUCUCCCCCACGGCAUUCCCGACCAGCCACCCUUCCUCCCCUCCCCAUAUCACCACCACCUCCCCCAGCCGCAGCAGCCCUCCUCUUCCCCCUCCUCCUCCUCUGGUGACUAUUUCGACUUCAACGCCGGCCACGUCAGGCGGGUCUUCAGCACCGGCGACCUCCAGGGGAUGAGUGUUAUGCAAGCGCCUGGAGAGAAUUACAACCAGAAAGUCUCGACCAUCCCCGGAAAGAAUGGGUGUUGCAACCCCGAGGAGCGCAAGGAGAAGCUCGAGCGGUAUCGAAGCAAGCGUAACCGGAGGAAUUUCCACAAGAAGAUCACUUAUGCAUGCAGGAAGACUCUGGCCGAUAGCCGGCCGAGAGUCCGUGGCCGGUUUGCAAGGAACGGCGAGACCGAGACCGAAACAGAGCCGGAAGCUGAAAUAGAGGUCGCGGAGAACAGCUAUGAGUGUCAUAGCGGCUACAACAACUACGAGCAAGCAAUGAGUGGCGGCAGCGGCAACGGAGACUGGUGGUGGGAAAUGCAGGCGGCGCCGGCGGCUGAUGAGGAAGAGGAGUGCUGCUAUGACGAGGACGUCUGGGCCAACUUAUCCUACGACUUCUCCAUGAACCUUCCCUCCUAAAAAGUCAUCCAAAGUGGAGAGAUAAAGAGAGAGAAGUGGCGGGGUCAUUAAGAGCCGCAGCAGCAGUAGUACUAGUAGAAGAAGCAGGAGUAAUAGUAGUUCUUGUCUGCUAGCCUGUAAUCAUAAACAAGUGGCGGCAGGGGGACAGCUUGGCUCAAGAGUCGAGUGUCGUCGCCGAGCUUCCUUUCUCUUCUUCCGCGUUCCUUCCAUAAAGCUCCAAAAGUCGUCAAAAUCUAAAUUUAAUUCCA